AUGGAGAUUGAAGGCAAGUCCAUUAGCAAAGCUUAUAGGAAAAGACUGGAUAGGGCAUGGAAAACUUUUUUAGAGUUUUCAGUUGAAGUUAAUCAUAUGCCGUUACCAGCAUUAUUUUCUACAGUGAUGGCUUUUCUCGCUUGGUUGGAAAUGUCAGGACGAGUUUCUGAGUUAACUGGAUGUUUGUCUGUAGUUUCCCGGGCCCAUAAAGUUUUGAAUUUGCAUGAUCCUACAAAAGAUAGUUCAGUUCUUUAUGUAGUUAAUGGCAUUAAAAAGUGUACAGCACAAGAAGCG